CUCUCGACGCGGCCUCUCUCUCUCGACGCGGCCUCUCUCUCUCGACGCAGCCUCUCUCUCUCGACGAGGCCUCUCUCUCGACGUACCGCCGACGAUGUCUGCCCCGCCUGGUCGCGCAAACGCAGCGCGUAAUUAUACCUCAGCAAAGCGCAAGAUUUGCAGCAUCUGUGGGGAAGAUUUCAACGUGAAGGGUCUCGCGUCCCAUGAGGCGGCGUGCGCAAGAUCGCAGGAGCGUUUGAACCGUGACAGACAGCUUGCGGCUCAGAUCGCUCAAGCACAGCGAGAUGCCGAGCAGGAGCGAUUCAAGAGAUUUCGGGAGGAAAUGGGGAGUGUUGGAACUAGUUCACACAUUGGCGGCCCUGUACCGGGGCCCAGCAACAUAGAACAUGACUAUGAGCCUAUACCUCUCGGCUCCCAAGCCCCACAAGAUGUAGUACAUGAUGGAGACUUACAAGUCCAGAUGGGAGCCCAAUUGCAUGAGGUAGGGGAUAUCAAGACUCAAUAUCACCCCAAAACUGGCAAGGCUUCCAUGGUACAGUCCAAAGCAGCAUAUGAUGCAGCUGAAGAACAGUUCAGGACACCACCUCAGCCCCCCGAUAAUCCUUGGCGACCGUACCGUACUCGAUCAGACUUUGGAUUUGCAGAUAUCGCUUUGAGCGCGUGUCUGAACGAGGAGCAUGUUGAAGCACUCAUUAAGCUCAUCAAGACAGUGGCAUCUGGCCAGGAUCAAUUCACAAUAUCAAGUCAUGCAGAGCUUCGUAAGCUCAGGCAGUCUGCAUCAGCAUAUCUGACACCAUACCAGGAAAUGAAGAUUCAAGUUCCUUAUGAAGAUGAAGUUCGUGAUUAUAAAGUCUGGGCCUGUGAUCUCUGGGACUGGGCAACAGAUCAGUUGCAUGAUCCUCGAUUGACACCUCACUGGGCCUUUGAUUCCCUCCGACUCUUCAGAUGGAGUGGCACAAAAUGGGUCCGUUUUCGAGAUGAGCCAUGGACAGCUAACAUGCUCUGGGAAGUUCAGUCAGUACUUCCAGAGGGUGGAACACCAUUUGGGUUCAUUGUCUAUGCUGACAAGACCAAACUCUCAUCAUUUGGCACACAGAAGGGAUAUCCUGUCAUGGUCCGCUGUGCCCAACUUCCUAUUGAGAUCCGGAAUGGAAAUGGGAUAGGUGGUGGUGCCAUUGUAGGUUGGUUGCCAGUGAUUGAUGAAGGAACUGCUGAAGAAGGAAAGAAGAACUUUGUUGAUCACAAGAGGAUUGUCUGGCAUGAAGCAUUCUAUCUGUUCAUCAAGAAGAUUGAAGUCCUUGCCAAGACUGGCUUUCAAUGUGACCUUCCCAGUAUCAUGAGGAACUUUUACCCAUUCCUUGUAAUGCUUGUUGCUGAUUAUGAAGAACAAUGUUUCAUGGCUAUGAUCCGAGGGGGCCACCAGAGCCUCUGCAACUGCCCACGUUGUCUUGCAAAGUCAAAGGAUCUGACACUCCUUGAACAACAUGCAAUCCCUCGCACCCCAGAGAACAUGCAGGCAGUUCUUGCUGAAGCUCAGGCCCCAGGAAACACUAGGGCUGCAGCAGACAAAGUACUGAAGGAUUAUGGGCUCAGAGGAAAUCCAAAUGUUUUCUGGAAGCUCCUCAACACAAACCCCUACAGGGCAUUGAGCUUUGACAAGCUGCAUGCAUAUGACAGUGGCUUGCUUGGAGAUCAUAUAUGGCCAGAAACUGUGUCUUUAGUGACAGCCUUAGGGAGGUGGGCAAUUGCUAAGGUUGAUGAACAAGCAAGUAGCUUCCCAAUAUGGAGGGGUCUUACCCAUUUCAAGCAAGUUGUGAACAUAAACUUCAAUGAUGGCCACAAAUUCCAGGAUCUGUCCAAGAUUAUUCCAUAUGUUGUCCAUAAUGUCAUUGCCACUGAGCUAGGCAGUCAAGGCCACCUUCUACUGUGUCUUCUCCGAAAGUAUCUGGAGUUGGACAUGUAUUUUUCCUUCAGAGUCCAGACUGAAGAUACAAUUGCAGCAAUUAGAACAAAAUUGCUUGAAUUCUCUCAGUGCCUCAAGGAGGAGACUGGGCCAGAUGGGAAAGACUGGAACUUCCCAAAGGUUCAUUCUCAUCAACAUGGUCCUGAAGAUAUAGAAGACAAGGGGAUUACUGCCAACUACAACACAAAGCCAUUUGAAAAGAUGCAUGGGUCUCUCAAGAAAUCAUACCUGCGGCGUUCAAACAAACGAAAUGUAGAGAACCAGCUAUUGACAGCAGAACAUGACCUUGCUGUCAUGCAGAUCAUCCGAGCUAACAUUGAAGACUAUGAUGCAUUCCAUACUGGAGUUGAAGAGGAGGAUGAUGAAGAUGACCCAGAUGACAAUUCCACAUCAGCUCGGAGAACAUCCACUAGAGUUAUCUUUGAUGACCGGAUCUCUUUUGGAGCACCAGAGAAGCCCAAACCCCUGGCUGAGCUGCAAAACCAUGUCAUGGAUCUGCACAAAGAUGUCACUACUGUCCUGGAUGUCCUGGAGAUCAGGUCUAGGAAUGGUGACAAGAUCUCAGUUGGACCUCAUGAUGAGGUUGUGGAGUACAGAUUCCUCAAAGUCAGCUAUGAAUCUGAAGAAACCUGGAAACAAGAGACAGACUUCCUCCGAUGUACCCCCUCAUGGUUUGGGAAGGAACGUCGAGACCAUGUCAUCAUUGACACGGCAGAGGGCCCCAUCUUUGCAUGCCUUCUCAUGAUGUUCACAUGCACCACGGCAGACGGUGACACCCACCCUUUUGUCAUUGUCAAACCACUUGAUGGGCCGGUGGAGCCCCAGGAGAGGGACCGGGUUUUGGGAUUUUAUAGGGUUCAGCCAAGUGCAUAUGACGUGGAGGUACUCCCUGCACAGGCUAUCAUACGAGGGGCCUUGGUGACACCAGACCAUGGAAGUCCAGCUGGCAGGAGCUACUUCGUGGUUGACAAUGAUCCAGACAUGUUUUGUAGGCUCAACUCACUACGUAGGAACCGGUUCCGGUAG